GAUAAAAAAGAAGGCGCACGCGGUAAUGCUCUUUCUGUUACACCCGUCGGGAAAAAAAUCCGUUCUUUUUCUAGAAGGCCACCACAGCAGCUAAGCCGAUACCAAAACCUAGUUUCACCGGAGUUUCAUCGUAUUCGGCGGCGGAUUUCAGUUAUCCUGUCGCCUGACUCGGACCUUAAAACCCUUGAACCGAAUCGGAACUCCAAUCGAUCGAUGUCAACGUCGGGGCAGCCCCAGUUUCGGUACACACAAACGCCUUCGAAGGUUCUUCACCUGCGGAAUCUCCCAUGGGAGUGCAUCGAAGAGGAGCUAGUCGAGCUUUGCAAACCCUUCGGCAGGAUCGUUAACACUAAGUGCAAUGUUGGCUCCAAUCGCAACCAAGCGUUUGUCGAAUUCGCUGAUCUUAAUCAAGCUAUCAAUAUGGCCACCUAUUAUGCUUCGUCUUCAGAGCCUGCACAAAUUCGUGGCAAAGCUGUGUAUAUUCAGUAUUCGAACAGGCAUGAAAUUGUCAAUAACAAGAGCCCUGGAGAUAUUCCAGGGAAUGUUCUGCUGGUAACUAUUGAGGGUGUUGAAGCUGGUGAUGUCAGCAUUGAUGUCAUUCAUUUGGUAUUUUCGGCCUUUGGUUUUGUGCACAAGAUUGCUACCUUUGAAAAAGCAGCAGGAUUUCAGGCUUUAGUCCAGUUUACUGAUAUUGAGACUGCAGCUACUGCUAGAGAAGCAUUGGAUGGGAGAAGCAUUCCAAGGUACCUGCUUCCACAGCAUGUUAGUAACUGUAAUCUGCGCAUCUCAUUCUCCGCUCAUACUGAUCUUAAUAUAAAAUUCCAGUCUAACCGGAGCAGAGACUAUACAAAUCCAUAUCUUCCUGUUAAUCCUACAGCAAUGGAGGGAUUCGUUCAGCCUGUUGUAGGUGUAGAUGGAAAGAAAAAAGAGCCCGAGAGUAACGUGCUUCUUGCCUCCAUUGAAAAUAUGCAGUAUGCUGUCACUGUGGAUGUUCUUCACACGGUAUUCUCUGCAUUUGGUACAGUCCAAAAGAUUGCUAUAUUUGAGAAGAACGGGGGAACCCAAGCAUUCAUUCAGUAUCCCGAUGUUACAACUGCCACUGUCGCAAAAGAUGCAUUAGAGGGGCAUUGUAUCUAUGACGGUGGCUACUGUAAGCUUCAUCUAUCGUAUUCUCGUCACACUGAUCUGAACGUAAAGGCAUACAGCGACAAAAGUAGGGAUUACACAGUCCCGGAAUCAGGUUUGCAACAACCUUCUGCCCUCCCUAAUACGGCACCCGCCUGGCAAAACCCACAGUACGUUUCUGUACACUCUGCAGCUCCUCCUGCCACCAUGCCCAUGCAAAAUCCUUGGGAUCCAACCAUGCAGGGCGGAAGACCAGCCUUCAUUUCAUCUCCAACCACAUUUCCCGGUCAAGAAUAUGCUUCUCCCCUGGUUCCAUUUGGCGCAAAUCAGCCUGCCCAUCAAGGCAUUCCACCUCCCGGUCAGCCUCGUUAACUUUUAGCUUUUGCUUAGGUUGGAUCUCGUAGAACACAACAAAGCUGUUCAUAUGUUUGGUUUUGUGUAAUCUGUGUGAGCUUGCUUCUAACAUCACUCUAUUUGCCUCAAGCAUGGAUACAUUAACUACUACAAUAUGCAUCUACUCAUUCUUACAUGCAUUUCUUCAGUAA